GAGUACUGUCAAAAUAAUAAAUAUCUUAUAUCCUAAUUCCUGAAGUAUAGGUUAGAAAUCUAAAUUCUAAAUAAUAUAUAUCUUUAAUCAUUCAUAAAAUUAUUAAUUAAAUUUAUAAGAUCCCCAAAUAUAUCUCGUGUUUGAAAAACUCCACAUGACUAACAGUGAUAACAAUACAAAGUCAUCACAAUCCCAAGAAAAUGGGACUACCAGUACGAAAGAAAAUAAUACUGAAGCAAAAAAGGAGGCUUGGGGAUUCGAUUUGUAUCCUGAACGGCGAAGUACUUUCAAGCCCACCGUUUCAAAUAUUUUAUUAGGUAGGGAAGGCAAAGAAGGAAUAGAAAAAAUGAAAUGUGAAAAGAAUGUCUAUGAAUGCGUUAAGAGCAGUCCCAUUGUGAAAACUAUGAUGGCUGCCUUAAAGAGCUCUGGUUGCCCUAUUGAUAUAAGGCGUCAUAUAUCAUGUGAAGUCUGUGAUUAUUCAGUAAGUGGAGGCUAUGAUCCUGAAAUGAACCAGAUAGUUGUCUGCCAGAACGUUUGCACUAGGAAGACGAUGGUGCAAGGAGUGCUCGCCCACGAAAUGAUUCAUAUGUUCGAUUACUGUCGCAAUGAACUCAACUUUAAGAACAUGGAACAUUUGGCCUGUACCGAGAUCAGAGCAGCUAACCUGACCCACUGCUCGUUUAUGAGUGCCUGGUCCCAAGGUGACGCUUCGUGGAUGAAAAUUAAACAAGCGCAUCAGGAUUGUGUGAAGACCAAAGCGCUAUACUCAGUUCUGGCGGUACGUCAAAUAGAAAAGGCCGAGGCGGUUGACAUUAUAGAAAAGGUGUUUCCAAAAUGCUAUGCUGACAUGGAACCCAUCGGUAGGCGGAUGAGGCGAAACUCUGAGGACAUGUUCCGAGUGUAUAGAGACGCGUCUUAUUAUGGCUAUGAAUAAGAAAAAAAUGUACUCUGUAGAUAUGUAAAUAUUGCUCAUGCAAUUGUAGGAUAAAUAAAAUAUUUAAUAUAUAAUUUAAAAUAA